AUGGAAACGACCGGCAGGCAACCAGUUAUUUCAGAGGACGUCGAAACCUAUGUUAGAGUUUCCGUCUACUACGAAGUGCUUGACUCAAUCAUAGGAGAAAUGAAGCGCCGAUUUUCCCAUGAGACUCGUCCACUGAUAAGGGCAUGUAGCGCUUGCAUGCCUGGAUCAUCUUUUCUCAAUGCAACUACUAUGCAGCCAUUGAUUGUCCACUACAAGCUAAAUUUUGAGGACAUUUCUGUGCAAGCCGAAGAAUGCAAACGGUUUCUUGCAAGGAAGAAGGAUGUAAACUCUUUAUCUGACGUCUUACACCAUCUCUUGCCAGUCAAAGAGGCGUUUGUAGAGUUGUAUAAACUUCUGACCAUAGUGUUGACUAUGGGUGUGUCAACAGCAUCUUGCGAACGCUCGUUUUCGUGUCUGAAGAGGCUAAAAAGCUAUCUUCGGGCCGGUAUGGGUCAAGAUCGGUUAAACAGUAUGGCUUUGCUUGCAAUAGAGAGAGACCUCUCUGGAAAAAUAGACAUUGACGAAGCAAUUGAGUUAUUUGCUAGAAUAGACAAGAACAGGAGAAUUAAGUUACUAAAGUAGAUUGCUGUCUAUAGUGUAAAAACCGCACAGUGUGAGAGCUCUUCAGGAAGUACAAUAUCAACUCUACGAAAUACUACUCGCCGUCUACAGUGCAAAUGCCCGCGCUCGAGUGCCCCCCCCAGUCUUACAAGGCUGGUUACGCCGCUGCGUGUCUUCUUUUGGCAACGAUCAUUUGGAAGUUUUAUUAAACUUACUCGGUCAACCUCACCAAGUUAGUGUUGACGGUGUUAAGGAAAUUGUUAGGCCACUUGUAGAUUCUGCGGAUACCAGAGUGGAAUGGGUACAUGCAAAAUCUGUCAUCAGAGCAGACACACGAUUUCAUCAGUGCAAAGCUAGUGCCGAGCUAAUAGCCACACUUCAUCGACAUUAUUCAUGGGACCUACCAAACCUUCUCAGUGUUGCUGAUUGGGGUUUAGCUAUACCAUUGUCAACUGCAGAUAGCGAACGCGAUUUUAGCAAGCUCAAAAUUAUAAAGAAUGCUCGUCGAAACCGUCUACAGUAUGCUACUCUCAAUCGAUUGAUGCAGAUAUCUGUUGAUGGUCCUCCAGCAGCAGAAUUUCCGUUUCAGACUGCUCUGUGGAAGUGGCACGGGAAAAAGACAAGGCGGGUACCCUCUAAAAGCUACACACCGGUGUCUGUACCAGCAGCGUCUCAACAUUCUGUAACAAAGUCGUGUUCUAGCAGUUCAAUGCUUGUUCCAAUUUCGGCUACCACUGGUUCACCUGCUCCAAGUCCCCUUGGGGAAAUACUCACUGACCCCCUACCACCUGGCAGUACCAGUUCUGCCGUGCCUACUGUCUCAUCAUUGGUUCCUACUUCAUCACCUGUGACACUUGCAAAGCAGAAAACAAUCAAAACAUUCUUUUCCAGCGUAGCGUCUUCAGAGCAAUCACCAUCACCGUUGUUACUGAAGGAAAAUAAACAACACCGCACACUUCCAACUAGCAUUACAGUAUCAGCUGCUGUUCCUGCUGCAUCUGUUCCUUGCAGUACAAUCCCUUCGGAUGUAACUGAUGAACAAUUUGGACGGCAAGUGGUUUUGCUUCCACGCCAUCAAUGUCAGAGUCGUAUAGACGGUAGAAAUGGUUCAAACGCGUGCACAAUAAUUUGUGCCUUGUUUUGCAAGGAACUCAUUUCAACCGAAUCAGCAUUGUGUGGCAAUUGCUCUCACCUUCAGUCAAUGAUGUGCAACUGCAUGAUGGAAGGAAACAAGAUGUACGAUCGAUUAGGACUAACAGGUAUGUACUUGUUCUGGAAACUUCCGGAACAUUGACACGUAGUAGCUAUAACCAGUUAGUUCCGGUACUGGGUAGUUACCUUAGCUCUCUAGAUGUUUCUAGAACGUCUAACUAACAGGUAUAUAAACGGUGCUACAUAGAGUAAGAGACAGAGUGCGAGUUGAGUUGAUACGACGUUUGUAGUUCUUAGUGUGCUUUGUAUUAGAGUAUACAUAUUUCGAAAUUCC